CAAGCAGGCAAGGUCCCUCGGCCGCUCCAUGGCAGCAUGAAACCCGUAAAACCCCACGUCGCUGCCGGACUACCUAGGCAUUUCAAGAGCCGGACUUGUCUCGUAGCAACUCGCCGAAGCAGCGAAGCGGCGUGCUGUGCAAGAGGAGAUGUGCGUUUCCGUGUAUUGCCCGUCGAUGAUGCAGGUCGGUACAUACCCUCCAAACCCUCGAAAUGGGCUCCUGCCUGUGCCGCGGUAUGUAUGUGGAAAGCAACGUUUUCUCUUUUUCAUUUUUGGUGUCUAUUUAUACACUUUACCAAGUCAAAAACGCUUUUAUCUUCCGUAAAGGAACGAGAAUGCGGUAAUUCCCACAACUGGGCCGAGGUUCCAAAGAGGAGUGUCAGGUCUGAAACUGAAACAUUGUCGAGUUCCCCAUCCCAUCUUUUUCCCAUGACACCGUCAUCCAUGAACCCCUUCUUUUCCCCCGUCGUUAAAUGCCACAGCAAAUCGCCGAGCUGUUGCGUCAAGCUGCCUCCGCCCCAAGGAAAACCCUCCCCUUGCUCGAAACCAACACCCGCCUUCCUCAGGUGGACCCCUCAAAAUCCCUAGCAAUGACAAAAACAAAGCCAAUCCCGUAUUCCACCUGCCAGGCGUGUCCGUCUGGCACGUUACCACGAGGCUGCCACGACUCCCCCGCCCUGCUGUCGAAAGCUCGGUGAAGGGAUGGAUAGGGGA